UGAGGAGGCUGAAUAUACAGUGAAGAUAGCAGAAAAGGAUACCAAAGGAACACUGGUUGUAGAAGAGCUCCCCGUUGAGUUUACCAUGCCUCUCAAAGAUGUAACAACAGCUGAGAAGGCAACCACUAGUCUUCAAUGUGAGGUGUCUAAACCUGAUCAAAUAGCCACCUGGUUUAAGAAUGGCGAACCAAUAGAACCUGAUGAAACAUAUCAAAUAGCAGUUGAUGGAGUGACACACACUUUAACUGUUAAGAAUCCAACACUUGAUGAAGAAGCUGAAUAUACAGUGAAGAUAGCAGAUAAAGAUACCACUGGAACCUUAUUUGUAGAAGAAGCACCUGUAGAAUUCACAGUACCUCUGAAAGACUCUGAGGUUGAGGAAAAAGAAACUGUAGCGCUGGAAUGUGAGGUUACCAAAGCAGAUCUUACUGCCAAAUGGUACAAAGAUGGCCAGGAAAUCAAGCCAGAUGAGAGAUACGAGAUCAGAGUUGAGGGCACCAAACAUUUCCUCAUCAUUAAGGAUUCCAAACUUGAUGAUGAAGCUAACUAUACUGUGAACAUAAAGGGGAAAGAAUCUCAAUCAACUGUUCUUGUAAAUGAGGAACCAGUCAGUUUCACUGUGCCUCUUAAAGACAAGGAAGUCAUGGAGAAGGAAGAGGUCACAUUAGAAUGUGAGGUGAACAA